CAUCGUCAAGCUUUGUUAAAGACCGUCACCACACGAUCUUGUCAUUCAAACACUGCCACUUAUAGAAACCUAUAAAGAUGGCUGCUGCAGGUAUGGCCGGUGGUGCCAGCAACUUCAUUGGAUCAUUAAUCAGUCUGAUUUCCAAGAGUGAUAUACGAUAUCAAGGAUUCUUGGCACAAAUCGAUGCAGAAGAAGCAACGAUUGCGUUGGAAAAAGUACGAUCAUGGGGAACAGAAGGAAGAUUGGUUCAACAAGGAAGACCAUCAAGCGAAGAACUACCUCCGAACGACAACGUAUACGAAUCGAUCGUCUUUAGAGCGGCUGAUGUGAAAGAUCUCAAAAUCGAUGAUCCCAAUCCACAACGUAAUGCACCCGCACCACCGCCUCAACUACCCCACGAUCCGGCAAUCAUGAAUAAUGGACCUUCUGGCCCUUAUGGAGCACCAUACGGCCGACCACCUCCGCCUGGUCAAGGAUAUCCUGGCCCUCAAUUUGGCGCUGCUCCACCACCAAAUGUGCCUUAUGGAGCGCCUGGAUUCCCUCCAUACGCUCGACCUCCUCCACCACAGAAUCUACAGCCACCGCAGCCAGCCCUGCAAUCAGGUCCCAAAGCACAACAACAGUCACCUGCUCCUCCAGCCAAAGCAGCAGAGAAGAAGGAUGAAGGUUCAACGGAUGCCGUAGCCGAACAUUUGUCAAGGCUGAAUGUUGCAGGAUCAGCAAACUUACCAAAGAAUGGUACAAAUGGUAAAGCUGACUCGGCAAGCCCAGCAAACAAGGCACACCCAAACCUACCAGCCAUUCCUCGAGCUGCUGCUGCUGCUGCCGCUGCGGCUGGAGCACAAGAACGUCAUGGAUCUGGCGGUAGAAAUGUACCGGGCUCGGGAGGACGUCAACGUGGACCACAAUCUUCUGUUUUCGACAACCCUGUUGGAAGGAGAGGAAAUGGACCUGUGGAAGUUCCUGAUACGGACUUCGAUUUCGAUGCCAGUAAUGCUAAAUUUGCCAAACAGCCCAAAGCAAAUGGAGAUGAGGCAGAAAAAGAAGAAGAAGGGGAAGGACAAACAGAUGUUUUGAGCAGUAUCCCGCCUCCUUCAGAAGGCAAGAGCUUUUAUGAUAAAAGUAGCUUCUUUGACAGUAUCAGUAAUGAAGUCACUGAAAGACAAGAAGGUCAACAAAACAGACAGGGAGCUGGAGAACAACAAGGUCACUUUGGCGGCAGAGGUGGAGGAAGAGGAGGUCGUGGUGGUGGCAGAGGAAGAGCAGACAGAUUGGCCGAAGAAAGACGUAAUAUGGACACAUUCGGUGAAGUUGGAUCCUUUGGAGGCGGCCCACGCGGGCGUGGCCGUGGAAGAGGUCGCGGUGGUCGUGGUAGGGGAGGUCGUGGACGUGGUGAUGGAUUCCGUGGUGGCAGAGGUGGCCAAGCAGCUACUUUCUCGUGAAAAAUUGUAUCUCAGAAACCUGAUUUGUACUUAUUAUUUCAUAUACGCAAAAAAAUGUGAUGAAAUUUCUCG